AUGACAUCCAAAGACUCCUCCAACGGAUUAUCCUCAUCCAUAUCUGCCACACACUCAACAGCCUCUCGCAAAGCACACCAUCCACCACUGGAGGCGAUCCUGACACAAAAGGCACAAGCGAGUGUCACCUUCCGACCUGUAUCUUCUACCAGCUCAGAGUUGGAGGGGCAUGAUGAUAUACUUGCGACUGCGGUUGUUGGUGGAGGUGGAUUGACGCCGUACUCGCCGUACUCGCCGUACCCUUCUCAUCCCGGUCAACAGUGCCAACCACCACCAGGACAACAACAGCAGUAUAGGCAGCAGAGAGACAGCAUUGUGAUGAUGGGAGGAAGAUACUCAGAACCACCAUUGAACACUGCAUCGACAGGGAACGGUAGCUUCCCUUUCACACCUUCGACACUUGUUGAUGCUGGUGGGGUCCCUUCUCCCGUGGGAGAGUAUCGAGAGUAUUCAGGACUGGAUGGUGGUGGGCAGUUCCAGACGAUUCCGUUGUCGCCAACAGCUCGCCCUGGAAAGGCUUAUACGUCUCGGUCUGAUAUUGCGUCCCCAGACUUUCAGCAGCGUCAACUUCAGCCCCGUGCAUUUGGUUCACGGAGACAACAGCGCCAGCAACAAACAUAUCCCGGUACCGGCACUGGUACAGGCUCCCAGGGUAUGGACCUGACCUACUCAUCCUCCUCGGACGACCCCCGCUUCCAACACCUCCCCAACCUCUGGCAAGUCCUCCACCGCAAGACCCAACCGCCCGUGUGCUUAUUCAACUUUUAUUUGUACAUGAGGGAUGACGAGAAAUCGAGUGAGGAGGUUGAUUUCUGGUUGGACGUUACUGCACAUGAGGUGUUGUGGCGGUUAUAUGUCCGUGCGACGAAGAGGAGGGUGGCGAUGGCGGAGAGGGAGAUGCGGAUGGAGCGGGAGAGGGUCGAGAAAGAGGAAAGGGAGAGGGCCGAGAGGGAGGAGAAGGAGAGGAUUGAGUUGGAGCUGGCGGCUUAUGAGGCCCAGGUUGCUGCCUUGGGGUUCGGUUGUCAUGAUCUCGACGAUAAGAGCAGUGCUCACAAGAAGCAUCCAAGUGUGACGCUAGACAUGUACGAACCCCACUGGUCAGCAGCCAACAGGUACUUGGAGAUGUCCUCUCCCGAGGGCAGUUCCAUCAUCGACCCUGCCACAGGUGGCACGACCAACAGCACCAACCCUUCUUCGCCCACGACACCUCAACAGCAUUAUGAUUUUACGCGGCAGUAUUUGGAUGAUACUAGGGAGACGUCGGAUCAGAUCUUGAUGGUCCAUAAUGCGCUCAAGAACCCUACUGCGCCGCCACAACAACAACAGCAGGAGCAAGAACAAAGGCAAUUCCUGAUGGCUGAACAACGUGUUCAGCAUGUUCGUCUGCCGGGAGCUGUGCCUGCAUCAUGGGCACAUCCGAGUGAGUUAGUGACACGGUAUGGGACAGAGCCUGGCGUCUCAGACGGGACCUCUACGGGCGCACAUCCCCCUACCCCGGCCGCCAAAAGGACACCCUCAGGAGCUGGAGCGAAAGCGAAAGCAGGAAUAUCAAGAAUAGGAGUGACAUCGCCGUUGAGUAAGGAUGCCGGGAUUGCUAUGGCUGCCGGACAAUGUGUUGGCACCGACGGUACCUCGAACACCAAGGCGACUACUACAACUGGAAACACAGGACCUUGCGCUGGUGCCGGUGCUGGCACUGUGGCCCGCGCAGCGACAGCAUCACCGCGACGGGCAAUGACGUCCGGAAGUGGAGGGGUGACAAAGGAGGAUCUCCAGCGGUCGGCAGAACGAAUCUAUUACAAAUAUCUGAUCCCGCAGGCCGAGAAGCGUGUCCGGAUCCCGGGUGAGGUCCGACAGAGGGUUGCGAUGUUGAUGGAUUCCAAGAUGAUGUUGAACCAAGUAGGUAGUAGUCAGCCGUCACUGGCUGUUACGAGUACAGGAAACGAAGGAAGUGGAGGAGUAGGACCAUCAAGCCCAGUAUUGAAACGAAAGAACAACCUCGGAAACCCUACUACAACUACAGCCCCCCAGUUAUCCUCCAACCCCGAUCUGACCAACGAGAAAUCCGACAACCCCAAAGCUUCCUCCAUCUUCGAACCCGCCCCUCCUCACCGCCUCCCAUCUCCCACAUCCUUGUCAAAGGAAAAACUCCAAAAACACCGCCUCUCCUCCACAUUCAUCCAUAACCACAACACCGUCGGCCCAGGACCAAACUCGACCCUCCAACAGCCCGACCAAGAUCUGGGGCUGGUCUUUGCAGAGGCGCGUGAGAUAGUGUUUGAAGGGAUGGAGUCGUAUUAUUUCCCAAGGUUCUUGAAGGCGAGGGCGUACGGUAAUAUGGUUCCCUCGCAUCGGUUGAUGAGGUGUAUGGCGGGGUUGUUUUUCUUGUUUGUGGGAUUUGCCGUUGUGUUGACGUUGAUCUUUUUGAAUAUCCAGCCUCGUUCUUUGCGUGCAUGGUUCAACAUCUGCCCGAUCCUGGUCGCAAUGGGCGUCAGCGAGACUAAAUGGAUGCAGUUUGUAAAAGUCAAGGAGCCUUACUUGAUCAAGUUGCAUCGGAGAAGGGCGGUGAAGGUUGUGGUUGUUGCGGUGUUGUAUACUAUCUGCAUGGGAAUUAUCUUUGGGGCUAUGCCUGGACAUCGGCUUUGA